AUGCCGACCCCCGAGUCGGCCUCGUUCCUGGCCAAGAAGCCGACGGUGCCGCCGACUUUUGACGGUGUCGACUACGAUGACACCAAGCGCUUAAAGCAGGCGCAGGACGCCAUCAUCCGCGAGCAGUGGGUGCAGGUCAUGAUGGGCCGGCUGGUGCGGGAGGAGAUGAGCAAAUGCUACUACCGGGAGGGCGUCAACCACCUGGAGAAAUGCGGCCAUCUGAGAGAACGGUAUCUGCAGCUGCUCAAGACCGCCCGCGUCAAGGGCUACCUGUUUGAGCAGCAAAACUACUUUGAGAACAAGCAAUAG